AUGAGUCCCAGAGUGUUUAUUCUGUGUGCCUCUCACGCAGAGGCUGUUGAACAUGUCCUGACCGGUGAACUGGUGGGAGAAGUCGACAUAGUUUCUCAAGUGGACUAUACUGCCGCUGGGAGAGGUGCCGGGACCUUGUCUUCGGAGGCUUUCGCCGACGGCAGACUGAGGUAUCCGGGCCAGAGCAGAGCCCAGCCGGAAGGCCGGUGCUACUGUUGCGUCAACCACUGGACAAGUGCAGGACAGAAAUACGCGAACAACCUAGGUAAGGUCCUCGCCUAUGGCACCGUGUACGACAUCUGCGAUGCUAACGUCGAGGAUCUGGGGGAGGACGAGCAACUGGCGCGAGCGUCUCGUCUCUUCACAAGAUAG